GAAGUGAACAAGUGAACACUUGAUUGACAGUUUCGUACGGCGGUACAAUCGUCUUCAGUAGAACGUUAUCAAUAAUAAAAAAAAACUAUUAGAAAGAGUUUCUAUAAACAUGGGAAAGAGUACAUUUUUAGAAAAACGUGUGGAAAGAGCCCGUCAACAUUGCCAUUCGUUAUUAGACGCCACAUUUCAUGGAUUUAAGCAUGAUGUCUAUUUAGUCAAGGGAUUAGAUGGGGUGCUGUCUAUGAGCACAGAGGAUUACAAUAAAGGAUCAUUGUUCUCUGCAACCUCAUUCGAUUUUCCUAUUCCUGAUCUUAUUGGCAACACGGAAAUACUGACAGAAGAGCACCGCGAAAAACUCUGCGCUCAUUUACCUGCACGAGCGGAAGGUUAUUCAUGGUCCUUAGUUUUCAGCACUUCACAACAUGGUUUCUCGUUAAAUUCGCUAUACAGAAAGAUGCAACGACUGGAAAGUCCAGUUUUGAUUGUUAUAGAAGACACAGAACAUAAUGUCUUUGGAGCCCUAACCUCCUGUUCACUACAUGUUUCAGAUCAUUUCUAUGGUACAGGCGAAUCAAUUCUCUACAAAUUUAAUCCCAGUUUCAAAGUCUUCCAUUGGACUGGUGAGAAUUUGUACUUUAUCAAAGGCAAUGUUGAAAGCUUAUCAAUCGGCGCUGGAGAUGGUCGUUUUGGUCUCUGGUUAGACGGCGACUUGAAUCAAGGACGCUCACAAUCCUGCAGCACAUAUGGCAAUGAGCCGUUAGCACCACAAGAAGACUUCAUAAUCAAAACACUCGAAUGCUGGGCAUUUGUAUAAGUUAUUGUUUUCAAAAAUCACAAAACUAAACAAAUUUACAUAAAAUAAAUAAUGGAAGAUGUUGAAAUUUCAACUACAACAAACCACAACAAACAACUACAAACAAUAAUUAAUUAUUAUUAAAUACAUAUAUACAUAUUUAAUUAACAAACAAAUGUUUGAAAUUGUUUAUUAUUAAUAUUAAUUUUAUUUUUAUAAACUUAGUCUUAACUUAAUCAUAAAGCACCCGUCACACACACACUCACACAUACACUAACAUCAUACACUCAUACAAA